GUAGUACCUAGUAGGUAGUUACCUAGUAAACUAUUUCUUUUCUCACAUAAUACAUUUGUACCUAUGAGCACUGCAAUUACGUGGUUGUUUCCACUACCACUCAUAGCAUCAUGAUCUCUAGCGUGCCGGCUGUUCAAGACUUAAAUCUACAUAGUAGCCUGGUACGUUGUCAGCAACAUCGGUAUCGUAUCAAUCAUCAGCAACAUCAUUCGUCCCGUUUCCUCCGGCAGAACGUAUCGUCCCCAAUAGGAUCUACAAAAUGUAAGUUAGAGGACUUCAAGGUUGUGUCCAUCUAAUCACCUAGGUUAGUUAGUAAUCUACCCAAGUACCUCCCUGGGUAGGUACUGAGUAGUGGUCCAGCACCCGUUAUCUGCCUACGCAGAGUCUCAAGGCUCCUACAAGUCCCGUUAAAGCGGCUAGAUGGGUCUUAGUGCCGCAGCGACGAUUUAGAUCUACCUGAUUACUAUAAUUAUGAUGUUGUAGACAAAUCUCUCCUCCUCGUCACAUCCGUAGGUAGGCUCCUUGCUAAUUCAGACGCCAUGGCGAGUACUGUCCAGACUCCUAUUGCUGUUGUCGGCUUGGCAUGCCGUUUGCCUGGUAAUUGUAACUCUCCCGAGCAGUUUUGGAAGUUCCUACUAGAUGGCGGGGUCGCCGACACAAGCCCACCACCUUCAAGAUUCGACUUGAAGGGUCACUACGAUGGGACUUUACGACCGUGGACGAUGAGGUCGCCUGGGGGGAUGUUCAUCAACGCCGACCCCAAAGAUAUCGAUGCCGGGUUCUUUGGCCUCUCCCAGGUGGACGCCGUCUCGAUGGACCCGCAACAGAGACAAUUAUUAGAAGUCGUGUACGAAGGACUUGAGAAUGCUGGUCUAAGUCUCGAGAGCAUCAAAUCCAAACUCUUUGGCUGUUUUGUUGGGUCAUAUGCCUCGGACUACAGCGAUAUCCAAACACGAGACCCAGAAGAUAGGACACCGAGCUUCACUGUAGGGUCCGGCAGAGCCAUGUUGAGUAAUAGGAUAAGUCACUUUCUCGAUAUCAAAGGACCGAGCAUGACGAUCGAUACUGCCUGCUCAGGUAGUCUCAUCUCGGUAGAUCUGGCUUGUCGGUAUCUUGAAAGCGGUGAUGCAGAUGGAGCUAUUGUAGCAGGGUGUAACCUAUACAUGAGCCCGGAGCAUAAUAUGGACCAGCAUGCUAUGACAUCAGCCGCAUCGCCGUCUGGGAGGUGUUGGACUUUCGAUGCACGUGCAGACGGUUACAUCAAAGCCGAAGCUAUCAAUGCCCUAAUAUUGAAACGCCUAGACGAUGCAGUGAGAGACGGCGAUCCGAUUCGAGCGGUAAUACGAGGCACAUCAACCAAUAGUGAUGGCUGGACGCCAGGAAUCGCGAGUCCCAGUGCAGAUGCUCAAGCACUUGCGAUCCGAAGAGCUUAUAAAAGAGCAGGCAUAACACGCUUCGAUGAAACGGGGUACCUGGAGUGUCAUGGAACAGGGACACUAGCAGGUGACCCGAUUGAGUGUAAAGCCGCCUCGUCUGUUUUCUCAGCCUCGCGACCCGCGGGCCUGCCUCUACAUAUUGGAUCGGUAAAGAGUAAUAUCGGACAUUCUGAACCAGCAGCGGGGAUUUCGGGGAUGCUCAAAACGAUCUUGACGGUAGAGCGUGGCAUCAUACCAGGAAAUCCAACGUUUGGCAUACCCAACCCGAAUAUUGAUUUCCACGCUGCUAAGGUCAUGCCCCAUAAACUGGCGAUAAAUUGGCCGAGAGGCUAUAUUCGACGAGCCAGUGUUAAUUCAUUCGGAUAUGGGGGUUCCAAUGCCCACGCUAUCGUUGAACACCCAAACAUCCUGCUUCCGGAGUAUGAAGCUAACAACACCACCUCGUAUGCCGUCCAAAACGACGACAUAUUUGCUGACGAUGACGAAGAUGAAGAUGAUAUCCCACGAUUAUUAGUUUUCUCCGCGAACGACGAAGCAUCCCUGAGAGCUUAUGUCAAGGAGAGCCUCCGUCACUUGUCCAAUCCUGCAGUAAACAUUAAUUCUGCGGAUUUGUCAUAUACGUUAAGUGAAAGACGUUCACGUCAUUUCCAUCGUGCAUUUGCUAUUUCAAACGGGUGUAAUUUUAAGGAGAGAGAUGUGAUCUACGGGAAGCUUGGCUCAACCCCACGAAUUGGCUUUGUCUUCACCGGUCAGGGGGCCCAGUGGCCACAGAUGGGUCGGUCUCUAUGUCAGCAAUUCCCUGUUGCUAGAAAGGUCAUCCAGCACCUCGAUGAAACGCUCCAGUCUAUGUCGGACCCUCCCUCGUGGAGUCUCAUGAGUGAGCUUACUGAACCGCGCUCAGCCGAACACAUGCGUCUCCCCGAAUUCUCACAGCCCCUAGUCACCGCAUUGCAACUAGGUCUCUUGGAAGUUCUGAAAGACUGGAGAAUACAGCCCUCUAUGGUAGUCGGGCACUCAUCUGGAGAGGUUGCUGCUGCAGUCGCGGCUGGAUUACUGUCCCCGGAGGACGGUAUCAAAGUUGCAUACCUGCGCGGGAAAGCAGCUAGCGACUUUCAGGGCUCGUCUAGAAAGGACCAAGGAAUGCUUGCUGUUGGUCUCGGCGCAAAAGAUGCUCAGCAGUAUUUGAAGCUAUACCCGAAAGUCGGAAUCGCCUGCCAAAACAGCCCCAAAAGCCUAACACUAUCAGGUGAAGUUGCGGAUCUGGAAGGUGUUCAAGGCGCUGUUAAAGCCGAUGGCCAUUUUGCGCGUUUGCUCAUGGUAAACCUUGCGUACCAUUCCGAGUAUAUGAAGGAUAUCGCAGCCCAUUAUCAGCUGCUUCUUGAAAAGCACUGCCCAGCGCUCUCGUCGGAUCGCGUGUCAAAUGAGGUUCGCUUCUUCUCUACGGUGCACGGUAGUUUAUGGGAAGAGAAAUGUGAUGCCAAAUAUUGGAUGGCAAACAUGACGUCUACCGUCCUCUUCGACGAAGGCGCGACUGCCAUGAUCAAGGAGGGAGGUGCAGACUUUCUCAUCGAACUUGGGCCAAGUGGUGCCCUAGCUGGCCCAAUCAAUCAGAUCAAGCAGGCAUUGGGUCAAGACAAGUCGCCUGUCGAGUAUGCCGCUGCCUAUGCUAGAGACAAGGAUGCCACGAAGCCGCUAUACGAGUUGGCUGGAAAGAUGUUUACAUCUGGUGUUAGCGUGAACUUGAUGAAAGUCAACGGAAUCAGCUCCAAGUCAAAGCCUCGGGUUAUCAUCGAUCUACCCAAUUAUCAGUGGAACCAUUCCGUCAAGUACUGGCAUGAGAGUCUUGCUAGCAAAGACUGGAGACAUCGACCCUUUCCCGUGCAUGAUCUACUGGGGACAAAGGUACUCGGGACAUCCUGGAAUGCGCCAUCUUGGAGGAGAAUCCUUCGCUUGAAAAAUGUGCCUUGGAUCAGAGACCAUAAACUUGGUGCAGAUGUCGUCUUCCCAGCAUCAGCAUACAUUGCAAUGGCUGUUGAGGCUAUGUACCAAACGGCAAAGUGCUCUGGAAUGGAAUCCUUCGCCAACAUUCAGAGUGCAUCCCAUGCGUCGUAUCGACUUCGGGAUGUACGAUUUCUUCGUGCGCUUGUCAUUGAAGAGAAUGCCGACCAUCAUUUAUACCUCUUUCUGAGUCCUGCUCAAGGCCAAAAGGAUGCCUGGUUUAAUUUCAAAGUGUCUCUGCUCAGAGAUGAUACUUGGACCGAACACUGCACUGGAUUUGUUCGAAUACAAGCCUCAGCCCACGGCAAAAGCGCUGCUAUUGAACCACUUCAAUAUCCCACGCCAGCAAAGCUCUGGUACAAGUCUAUGCAGAGCGUGGGAUUCAAUUUCGGACCUACCUUUCAGAAUCUGGUUGAGGUAGAGUCUGUACCUGGGCAAAGAACAAGCCGAGCCAAGAUUAACUUCACAUCUCCCAAAAGCAUACCCACAAAGGAAUCUCAUUAUGCUAUUCAUCCCUCCGUUUUCGAUACUUUCUUUCAAGCAGGGAUUCCGUCUCUCUACCAAGGUCAUCGAACUCUCAUCGAGAAGGCUCUCGUCCCUCAGCUAAUUGACGAAAUUCUCAUUAACCCUGGCGCUGAAGAAACAACGAGCGCAACUGCUUUUACUAAUUCCACUUUCGUCACCGGUAGACCAGAUAAAGUUCAGAGUUAUGCUUCGAACGCUGAUAUUUAUGAUGAGAGCUCUAAUACUCUCCUUGCUAGAAUCCAGGGCCUGCGCUAUACCGAGCUUUACAUCCCGGAAGCGAAGAAGCGCUCGCACACGUUUAUGAGAUCGGACUGGAAGGCAGACAUUUCCCUCUUACAGAAGAGAGACAUCGAGUCUAUCUCAGACUCAGACCACGAGACUACACUCCUAUCAAAUCUGCUUCGUCUCCCUCUUACAGCGGCUCAUAUGAUAUCGCUUUUAGCUCAUAAAAUUGGGGCCCCUUCUGUUGUCGACUUGAAUAUGGGUUUUGGCGACCUUGAAUCGUCUGAGAGGAGCGAGAAACCUUCAACAUCCCAGUUACCGGUCUUCCGGCGAUAUGUGUCCACGUCAAAUACUCCAGAGCACCUCCUUGACACCCAGAAACGGCUGCGCGACAUUCAAGGUACCGAGUUUCACAUCUACGACAUUACGUCUUUUAGAGAAGCGCCUUUUACUUCAGACUCGAAGUUCGAUCUCGUCGUCCUCCGUAUGCCCCCAGCCCACUCUCGGGAACUGGAAACUGCUCUUCACAAUGCCCAAAGACUUCUCAAUCCCAGCGGCUUCUUAGUCUUAGUCCUGACCACAUCCCUUUCGGAUGACACUGAAUCCGGGUGUGGGUCUGAAGCCGCAGUCUCAGUAUCAUGGGACAACGCGGACCCGGAAUCAUAUCUCCACUCAGUAGGGCAUCUUGUUCGGUCCAGGUCACCUCCCAAGCCACUCAGCCCCAUAACGUUCUCGUCGGUGUACCUUUGCUCUCCCCUGGAAACCCCUGGGCCGCAAGGGAAUUAUGUUAGCUUUCCUAUCGUUGACUGGUCCAAAGGAUCACGCGAAUGCACUGCUCUUAUUCGAAAUCUCCAAGAACAUGGCUGGGCCGGAGCUUUGUUGGAGCCGUCCGUCGCGGCUUCACUGUCGGUUGAUAUUCCUCUACUUCUACUUGAUAAUCCGCAUUCACCACUGCUCGCCAACAUCUCCGACUCGGAUUGGGAGUAUCUCAAGAGAAUCCUGGUGACAGGCCGUAAGGUCCUCUGGCUGACUUCCGGUUCACAACUGAAAGUUUCCUCACCUUUAAACGCGCUCAUUCACGGCUUCGCGCGCAGUAUACGGGGCGAGAACCCCUCUCUCACACUCAAGACUUUAGAUGUUUCUUCUUUCACGAAUCCUAUUGCCGCAGAGUCUGUGAUUCGGAUCAUGGGAACAAUCACCGGACAUGAUCAUGCAUUCCACUCCAUCGAGAAUGAGUAUUGUGAGCGGGAAGGAAUACUACGUGUUCAAAGGGUUCUACAAGACGAGAAGAUAGUUCGUUCAGCCGAGGAGGCCAAGAGCGGGUCAGAUUUAAUAGAGAUGCGACUUAGAGAGAACAGGAACACCGUGAAAAUGUACUGCGAGAGGCCUGGUGCUAUGGAUUCGCUCCAUUUCAACGAGGUCGCCCAGCAAGAGCAGCCUCUAGGCGAGGGCGAAGUGGAGGUGGAGAUUCGGGCUGCGGGAAUGAAUUUCAAGGAUGUCGCAACCACGUUAGGCAUAGUCCCUGAAAACGAACACCUUCUUGGACUGGAAGGGGCGGGAGUCAUCACGCGGGUUGGUAACCAUGUCAGCACAUACCGCGCCGGCGACAGAGUCCUGGUCCACGGCAAGGGGUCAUUUGCCAAUCGCAACCGUGUUCCAAAAGAGAACAUAUUUUUACUUCCUAAUUCGCUCUCCUUCGAGGAAGCAGCGACGAUGAGUAUUGUAUACUUCACCGCUGUGUAUUGCUUAAUGGAAGUUGCUCGGGUGAGGAGAGGACAAUCCGUGCUCAUCCACUCGGCCGCUGGCGGUGUCGGAAUCGCGAGCAUCCAACUCUGCCAGUUUCUGGGUGCGGAAAUAUACGCAACCGUUGGAAACGAGGAGAAGCGGCGCUUCUUGGAAGAGCAGUACGGAAUCCCACCAUCACACAUUUUUUCGUCGCGUAACACGGACUUCGCGGCGGGUAUCCGAGAAUUGACGAAUGGGAAGGGCGUUGAUUGUGUUUUGAACUCCCUUACCGGGGAUCUUUUGGACGAGUCGUGGAGACUGCUUGCGGAUAACGGCACGCUCGUCGAGAUUGGCAAGAAGGACAUCGUCGAUAGGAACACGCUCUCUAUGGAGCCCUUCAACCGCAACUGCUCGUAUAGGGGGGUUGACAUAUCCAAGCCCAGCAUCCUCGACGAUCUUCCUCUCAUCGAGAGAAUACUUCAAACAGUUCGGGAACUGUUAGUUGGGGGUCACAUAAAGCCGAUCUCCCCAAUGAAGGUCUUCUCCUUCAACCAGAUUCCGGAUGCGAUGCGGUAUAUGCGGUCCGGAGAACAUAUCGGGAAGAUCGUUAUUUCAGAUGAAGCAGCAGAGGAUGUUAAAGUCCUAGUUCGACCAGCGCCUCUGCGUCUGACUUUUGAUCCCAAUGCUGCUUAUCUGAUUGUGGGAGGUCUGAAAGGUCUCUGUGGGAGUCUGGCUGUAUACAUGGCACGGUGUGGUGCGAAAAACCUCACCAUUUUGUCCCGAAGCGGAGCCGAUGAUGAGCGUUCGCGACGAAUUAUCCGGGACUUGAGCAGUCUUGGCACGAAAACGACUGUCUUUAAAGGAGAUGUCUCGAAUAUAGAUGACGUUACGCGCCUCUUCCAGGAAUCGGUCUUGCCUAUCAAGGGCGUUAUUCAGGGGGCUAUGGUUCUACGUGACAAGACAUUUGAAUCCAUGACGCUACAAGAAUACCACGAGGCCCUCUCCUGCAAGGUCGCAGGGACUUGGAACCUCCACACAGCCGCCAAACAAACCAACCAAGCCCUCGAUUUCUUCACCAUGCUAUCCUCCGUCUCCGGCAUCGUCGGCACAGCGGGACAGGCGAACUACGCCGCCGGCAACAGCUUCCAAGACGCCUUCGCCUCGCACCGCCGCUCCCUCGGGCUCCCCGCGCACACCGUGGACCUCGGCAUCGUAGAGGACGUCGGCUACAUGAGCGAGCACCAGAGCCUGACCACCCGCGUGCAGAGCCGGAGCCAGCUAUCGGGGAUCAACGAGGCGGAGCUGCACGAGAUCCUGAAGUUCUCGAUCCUGCAGCAGACGGCGAACGGGGGCCAGGGUGUCAGCCAGGAGAGCAGAGCACAGAUGAUCACCGGGCUCCCGUACCCGCUGCCGGAGGACUCGCCCAUCCUGGCGGAUAUGCGGUUCCGCGCGCUCCUCGUGCCGCACGCUCACGACUCAGGCACGGUCGGCGCUGGGCGCGACGAGGAUUACGCAUUCGCGGCGUUCCAGUCCAUGGUCCGGGCAGCGAUGCCGGCCGAGAAACUCGUCCCCGAGGUUAUCAAGCUCGCCAAUAAGCAGAUUGUGCGAGUCCUGGGCCUGGCGGGCGACAUGGAGGAGUCGAAGCCGCUGAAUAGCUACGGGAUUGAUUCGCUCGCGGCGGUCGACUUGAGGAAUUGGUUCAGGGUGAAGUUGAAGGUGGAGCUGACGACGCUGGAUAUACUGAACGCAGUGAAUUUGAGGGCGCUGUGUGUUAAGGCUGUGGAGAGGUUGGGGGAGAGGGGGGGGAAGUAAGGGGUA